AUGGCUUCAAAACAUCAAGUAGAACCUCUAUUUGUAAAGCACAACAUUAAAAUUAAGUAAGAAGGUGUUUUAAUUGCUAAUAAUUUGUGUUAUAGCUUGAAGAAACCUAUAUCACAUUGUAAAAUUCAAAAUGGAGUUGUUCUACUGGGUCAACAGGGUCAGACUCUUCAGCAUAUUCGAAUACAAACUGGCAAAUUUACUGGUAAGUUGUUUUAUUUUAUUUUGUUUUGAAAUUAGGAGUAAAGUAAGAUUAUAUUACACUAGAUGUAGGUGGCGCAAUAAGGCCUAAUAUGUCAAGUUGGGUGAAAGUUUUGGUAAAAAAUUUGGUUUGGAAUUGUAGAGUAGGAUAUUGGCUGACUUUUACGAUGUUCUUUUUUAGUUUUAUGGUUUUUAAAUUAAAUUUUUAACGUUUUUUAAAGCGUUAGGUCUAUUCCAUGUUGUGGAUGUUUUUGAAAUUUUUUUACUAGUUUAAAACCAACUUUUUUUAGAUAUUCCGUUAAACCUAGCAUCAAAUGACAGGAUUGCCUAUAUUCAUCUGGAUUUCCGUGGCUCUCAUGCUCUUGUCAGCACGGAACUUGGAGAGAACUUCUACAUGAACAUGAAGACUGUCGCUUUAAAGCCGUUGAGACGUUUGAAAGUGAGUUUUUCUGUUUGUGGUGGAUUUAUUGGUUUAGUAUUCGCUUCGGUGUGUUAGGGAAAAAAUCGAUUGUUGGUAGUUCUUCAGGUUUCUGAAUAAAUAAGUAAUAUUAAUAUUGUUUUAGGGGCAUGUGAUAUCAGCUGUUGGAUUUAAUAGUGAAAAGGCUACUGAUCAGGAGACUUCUUUUAUUGUUCUUGGAACUAAUAAAGGUCAAUUAUUGGAGACUAAUAUAGCUUCAAGUGGCACCGUCAGCUAUCUAAAGGUGUUAUCAAGCACAUUGGUUGAGAAUGCUAUAAUAAGUAAUGUUCACAUUACUCCGUAUUCUUUGGACAAUGAUCUCAGGUGAAAAAUUUUGAACUUUUGUUGAAUUUUAGGAAACAAAGAGGUUUUUAGGGUAACCAUUUGCUAUGUAAGCUUAUAUCUUGCUAUUUAGGACUACCUUGGGCUUUUAGACUUAUUAACUCCUAUUAGCUUUAUAUUGAGCUUUAGGUUUAUAACUACUAACUGAAACUUUAUUUUAGUUGGCUAUUGAUUGUAUGCACACCAGGACGUCUUUAUUGCAUCCCAGGCACAUUGAAUGUUGAUGCUAUGGAAAAAGAAGUAGCUCAACCUGUUGUGGGUACUGUCUGGAGUUCAGUAUUGGUAGAACAACAAAGUGCCGUUCUUCAAAGCUUUUUCUCUUCAAAAUGUAAGUAUUCCUAUUAGUUGUUUUGAUUUUUAGGUAAUAAAUGGAUUCUUUAAAGGAAAAGAGGUAAAGCAGUCUUUUGAGCACGUUUUGAAUGUCUUUAAUUUAUUUUAAAGUUGAUGAUGGUGUAGCAGAGACCUUUCUACGAUUCUAAUUUAGUAUGAGGUGAUUGUCUAUUAAAUUUUGGUAAAAAUUGUAUACCAUAACAUCCAGCUAAAACACAAUAAUUUCAAAAUUUUUAUUUUAUUUAUUUAUCUAAAACAAUAUAAAAACUGCUUUAUAACCAUUUAUUUCAGCGAAUCCUCGCUAUCACAGCCUUGGAGAUCAAAAACAAGAAAAACCCAGCGGCGUGGUAAUCUUCCCGACCUGUGUGGAGCAAAUAUCUUUGCCAGAACGAUAUUGUUGGCUAGCAGCCGAAGGAUUUAGUCUCGGCCAUUUUGAGAAUUCAAAAAUGGACGGCUUUGACAUUAUCAAUGAGGAUUGGUUCAGGAAACAUGAUUUGUGUGAAGGAAGAUACAAUUACCCACUGAAUGUGGCUUUGUCAGAGUAUCACAUCUUCUUGGUUUAUGCGAACAAGUUCCUGGCCAUGUCGAUUUUGGAUCAGAAGAUUGCUUUUGAAGAUGUUUUUACGGUGAGGAGGGAAUGAUAGGAGGGAAACUUUAUUUAAAGAAAAUGAAUUUUGGGGGUUUUGAGGCUUAGAAAAUGAUGUUUUAAAUAAUAUAAAGGGUAAUAUCGACCAGUAGGGUUUAGUUUUUUUUCAAAAAUUUAUGAUUUUUAUAUUGCAGUAAGUCCAAGAACGUCACUGUUAGCUAAACUUGAUUGUUUAUAUUUUAGCAAAAUUUUAGUAGAAUUCAAAUAGCAAAUUUUUAAUCUUGAUUUUUUUUAAUUUAGGACUCUUCGAAUGUCCUCGGAAUGUGCAGAGAUGCCACCUCUCAACUGGUUUGGGUAUUCACUGAAACGGGCUUGUUCAACUACCGACCGGACAGAGAAACUCGAGACGUUUGGAAAAUCUUGGUGGAACGAAAUGAAUUCUCAAAGGCCAGAAAGAUAGCUAAGCAGAUGUCUGAUAAGCGGCCAUAUCAAGUGGUGCUGAAGAAGGAGGCCGACAAGUUUUUACAGGACAAUAAGUAAGGUUUUGUCGGAUACUUUAGGCUUACUUUUUGUUGUUUUAGUAGGUAAUUAGGUUUUUUUUGUUUUGGUAGGUUAUAUAGCCUUGUGACACAGUAGGUGAAGUAGCUGUUGGCGUAUUUUACAAUUUAAUUUUAGUUUUGUGGCAGCAGCCGAACUCCUAGCCCAAAGUACGGAGCCUUUUGAAAACACUGUCUUGAAGUUUUUGAAAAAUUCAAACUCAAGGGACAGCCGGAAUGGACUAAAACGAUACCUCGAACUCAAGUUGGAGGCUUUGGAUAAAAGGGUAAGAGAACAGUAUUUACAAUGCUAG